AUGGCUCCCUCCGCACUGGCAGACAUCUACCCAAUCCCAGCGAGGCACUACUCGAAGCCGUCCACUAUUGUGGCAUCUGUUUUACAUGGGCCAAGAGACUUGCGUCUGGAAACCCGUAUCAUCUCGGAACCUGCCGCCAAUGAACUCCAGAUCGCGAUCAAAGCCACUGGCCUCUGCGGGAGCGACUGCUCGUACUACAACAAGUUCCGCAAUGGGGACCUGCAGGCCUGCGAGCCAUUGUCACUAGGCCAUGAGUCUGCCGGUGUUGUGGUAGCAGUGGGCCAAGGUGUUACCAAUUUCCAGAUUGGCGAGCGAGUCGCGCUGGAGGUUGGUGUGCCAUGUGACGAUUGCAGGUCAUGCCAACGCGGCCGUUACAAUCUGUGCCCGAAGAUGCGGUUUCGAAGUAGCGCCAAAUCAUUUCCUCAUUUCCAGGGGACGCUUCAGGAACGCAUCAACCACCCUGCGAAGUGGUGCCACAAACUUCCUGCACAUGUCUCGUUGGAGUCUGCAGCGCUUCUAGAGCCCUUGUCAGUCGCCAUUCACGCAACGCGGAGAGCGGGGAUUGAGCAGGGAGACACGGCAAUUGUGUUUGGAGCUGGCACGGUUGGGCUGCUGACUGCUGCCAUGGCCAAAGUAUCGGGCGCGACCACCGUUGUAAUUGCAGACAUUGACCAUGGGCGCAUAAAUUAUGCCCUUGCCAAUGGAUUUGCACACAAAGGCUACAUUGUAAGCCCGCGGAAAACGUCAAACGAAACAGCAGAGAAACUCGCAGUUGCGAAGGAGUUGGCUACAGAUGUUAUGCAAAUAGCCUCGCUAAACGACAUGGAUUUCGAGGGUGCUGAUGUGACGUUUGACUGCACUGGAAAGGAGAUCUGCAUGCAAGCUGGACUUUACGUAAGUGUCAACCGGCCGGAAGAUCUGUUUGAACCAACUUCUGACUCCUUUCAGGCAACCAGACCGGGCGGUAAACUCAUCAUGGUGGGAAUGGGCACUCCCAUCCAAACCCUCCCAAUGUCGGCAUCUCACCUGAAGGAGGUUGACAUCCUCGGCAUCUUCCGCUACGCCAACACCUACGCAACGGGUAUCAAAAUCCUGUCUGCCGGUGUACUACCAAGUCUCGACAAGAUGAUAACGCAUCGCUUCCAAGGUCUUGGCUCGACAAUGGAGGCGUUCGAGCUCGCAGGCAAGACCAUUGACAAAGACGGUAAUCUCGUCCUCAAGGUGCUUGUUGAGAUGUAG